AGAUCCUCCAGCCAAGCUGUGCGCUAACCGAGUAGGCGAUUUCACUUCGUCACUUCACAAAAGACUUCCAAAUUCACUGCAGCAGACACUGCAAAAUAAAAAUGUUAAGUACAUCCUAGCUGCGGGGAGACGGAAGGCUCCGUGUUCAAUCAAAGGUUUGCAAUAAUAGGAUUCAUUUAAAAAAAAAAAAAAGGACAGAUGGGAUUAGGAAAUGUUGCGGUGAGACUGUCAUGAGAGGCACGGGCAGCCUGCCUUUUGUGGACCUGCACAAUGAUCCCAGAGCCAGACUGGCUUAAGAAACCCUGGGACUAGGGCUCCAGAGAGAGGCCACCGGCUCUCGGACACCCUGCAGGGCAGGAGGCCGACACCAUGCAUCAGAUCUACAGCUGCAGUGAUGAGAAUAUUGAAGUUUUCACUACGGUGAUUCCUUCGAAGGUGUCCAGUCCAUCCAGGAGAAGAGUCAAAAGUUCUCAACAUCUCUUGACCAAGAAUGUGGUGUUCGAGUCAGACCUGUACCCACCGCCAAGGCCCCUGGAGCUGUUGCCUCAACGCUGUGAGCGUAGGGACACAGGCGACCGCAGGUUUGGGCGGCUUCAGACUGGCAGGCAGCAGACCUCCAGGCCACCAGGGACGCAUCCCACCAAAACCCCUGCCAGACCUGUGGGGAUUUCUGAACCCAAAGCAUCGAAUCUGUGUGGGAACCGAGCAUAUGGGAAAUCACUGAUUCCUCCAGUGGCCAGGAUCUCCGUGAAAGCUCCAGCUAUGGUGGAGGUGGCAGCCAAGGGCUCAGAAAAUGGAACUGUUCUGGGAAGAGGAUCCAGGCACCUCAAGAAGACAGCAGAAGAGUACCCAACUCUUCCACAGGGAGCGGAAGCCUCCCUGCCAUUAACAGGCAGUGCUUCCUGUGGUGUCUCUGGCAUCCUGCGAAAAAUGUGGAGCCGGCACAAGAAGAAGUCUGAAUACGUGGGAGCCACCAACAGCGCGUUUGAGGCCGACUAAAGAUGACCUUUCCUGGGCGCCUUGCAUCAGGCAAGGUUCACAGGAGAGAAGAGCUGAGGGCUGGGACUGAGCCACCCUCCCCUCUGCUGGUUGCUGGUGGAAACACAUCAUCCUCCCUUACACUCUGCCAUGGGGCCAUGGAAAGUAAGGUCCCCUGGACAGCAGGACAGCCGGUCCUCAGACCUGCUGAAGCCAUUGGUCUUCAAGUCUUGUUGGGAGAUUAUAAAGGUUAUCUCCCUGUCUUUAGGCAAAAGUACACCAAAAGCAAACAAACUUUCCUGGCCCGUUUGAAAGCCCUCCAAGGAAAGCAGAAGGCAGUUGCUCUGUCUUUUUCGUGAGUUUUCCCAAAAUGUAUGAUUCCUGGUGUAACUUUAAAAGCUUGAGUCUGAGGUACUUGGAAUACAACGGUUCUUAUUUUUCCCAUUUUAUGUCUGCUUUGCCUUGAUGAAAUAUGAACGACUUUGUCUUAACUUUGUUCAAAUAUCUACUUAAAGCAUCCAUCAUCACUCUGCUUUGCUAACCAUGGGCAUGACUGCAUGACUUCUCUUCUUUUAGGUGUGUUUUUUUUUUCUAUAGAAAAACACUUAAACUUCAACGUUAAUUUUAAUGUGUUGUAUUUUGUGAAGUGGUGCAAUUGACUAGCUUUGUACAAUGACUCUAACCCAGACAGUGUUUUCUCAUUGUUGUCUCUUCUUACACCAUUACAAAGCUACUGCUAAGAAGGCACUGUUGUCCCCAACUUGUAGGUGGGGAAACUGAGGCCUCUGGAUGUUAUGUGACUAGCCAGCAC